AUGGAUCACUAUUUAACUGUCAGAAGAUGGGAGCCUGAUUUUAAACCAUAUGAGGCUGGAGAAGUAGCUACAGCAUUAUGGGUCCGAUUUCCACAACUUCCCAUUGAAUACUACAACGAGAAAGUACUCUUCCACAUAGCUAAGGCCAUUGGAAAACCUCUUAAGAUCGAUCUAAAUAUUGCCAUGUCUACUCGGGGAAGAUAUGCACGUUGUGGUAAAGUUAGACACCGGAAAGAGUACUGUAGCAGUAAGCCGGUGCCGAAGCCGGUGAAAGUUAAUACAGAAGCUGUAGCUAACAGUCAUGAUGUUGGGUCCAAUCCUAUUCCAAUGGCUAACUCCUCAGGGAAACAACUUGCCUCGGGCACAGAACACUCUGAAGAGUUUGGGCCUUGGAUGUUAGUGAACAGGAGAAACAAUCGACCCAAUCUCACUGGUAGGCAACCUGGGCCUAGCACUAUUAAUGCUAGAAGAUCUGCUAAUAGGUUUAGACCUCUUGCUAAGAAUGGAAGCAGGAAAGGAACGACAGAUCGAGCCAAGCACAAAAACCCAAUGGGCCCUGGUAUGAAAGGUGCAAAUGGAAAAGAAUCAUCUAGCAAGGCAGUCCUAAUGCAGCACAAAGAAUCUCUUCUGAUAGACAACAAGAUGGAAGACAACUCAACAAAGACAAGACCACAACUGGUGCAGCACAAGCAAGACCUGAGAAUACUGCAACUAGCUCCACUCCUAGCCUGGUGCAAGCUACAAGUUAUGACUUUGUUAUUAUGA